AGGGCUCCUCCCAUCCUGGCAAACAAACCCUUCCUCUGGAAAUAAUUCUGGAAUCGCCCACGAGACGAGCAUGAAAUCGAUGAUAUAGAUGAUUGCAACCGGCGAUGAUGAGGAAGAGGUCGCUGAUGAUCGGCGCCGGCCAUUUUUGUCUUUGUGUGACUCUCACCAUCAAAGGAUGUGGGCCCGCGGUAUUUCCAGGCUUCCUUUAUUGAAUAAUUCAAUACGUACAGGAGUACGCAAGUUUCCGUUGAUUUCCAAGAUAAGCAUCAGAUAGUGGGAUCGAUCAACACAGAGAAUGUCAAAGACACCACUAAUUAAAAUGAUCGCCCUGGUAGUGAUGACGUCACUUUUCCAGGAAAGCUGGUGUUUGAUUGGUCUGAUAGGAGCGCCCCCGCACUCCUCUGCUUACCACCAUCCCCGGGGACUGCUAAUGGCAUGGCCAACUCCUCAUCCAGUUCCAUCAAAUGACCACAGAUCUGACGCCUCUGUCACCAGGACACCUCUCCAUCACAGUCUACUCAACAGCUUCCGGUGCCAAACACGUGCUCUGAAAUCUCUGAUCAAAAAUAGGUCCCGACUCCAUGACGUCGAGAGCUGGAUUCGUUUUUGUUCUCAAGACCCAAAAGAUGUUAUACUAUCCGAUUGCAGACAGUCAGUUCAAACGUGCACCAUGACGUCAGCCAGAGAACUUCUCUCGGUACCAGGAUGUUUCCCGGUAUCCCGGAUGUUGAAUUGUCUUGAGAAAACAAUGACAUCCUGUUUCAAAAGCCCCCGUGCUGCAAUGUCAGUAUUCAGACACCUUCAGAGUGCAUGCAUACGACAUCGACAUGACGUCACGCCUAACAUAAAUUCCACAUGACUAAUGUGAAUUGUAACGAGCAAAUUUAAUAAAAAUGUACCAAAAA